UUCUCCCUGUGGUCUAAAAGCCACCUUCCAAUUCUGAUUUUCCUUAAUUUGUUAUUUUGACAUCAUUAGUUCAGUCCGGAGAAACUCAUGGGCCAGGGAAAUAAAACGCAGACAUGGGUGAGUGAGUUCGUUUUGCUGCGGCUGUCCAGUGACUGGGGGACUCAAGUCUCCCUUUUUGUCUUGAUCUUGGCCAUGUACUUGGCGACUGUUGUGGGAAAUUUCCUCAUUCUUCUUCUGAUCGGACUGCACAGCAGGCUUCAUACCUCCAUGUAUUUCUUCCUUAGUGUUUUAUCUUUUGUGGACCUUUGUUAUGUAAACAGUUUUGCCCCACACAUGCUGGCCCACCUGCUCUCAGUCUAGAAGUCCAUCCCAUUCCACAGCUGUGUGCUCCAGCUCUAUGCACCCCUGGCAUUGGGUGGGUCUGCGUUCUUUCUGCUGGGAGCCAUGGCCUAUGACCGCUGCGUGAUGGUGUGCUACCCGCUGCACUACACAGUCAUCAUGCACAGAGGGCUGUGCCUGGGGCUGGCUGCCGGCUGCUUGGUGGCUGGUUUCGUGAAUUCACUGAUGGAAACAAUCAUCACCUUUCGGCUUCUCCUGUGUCACAGUGUUAUUAAUCACUUUGCCUGUGCGACCCUAGCAGUGCUACGGCUAGUCUGUGUGGACAUCUACUUCAACAAGGUCAUGGUGGUUGCCUCAGUAUUUCUGGUGAUCAUGCUUCCCUGUUCCCUGGUUCUGUUCUCCUAUGGUCGUAUAGUUGUUGCCAUUCUGCGCAUUUGUUCUACUCAGAGACGUAGCAAAGUGUCUGGGACGUGCGCUUCUCACCUCACUGUGGUUUGCGUGUGCUUUGGGACUACCAUCUUCACCUACCUGGGGCCACGGUCAGCCUCCUCAGUGGAAGAGGAGAAGACGGUUGCUCUAUUCUAUGCUGUGGUGGCACCUAUGUUGAACUCCUUGAUUUACAGCUUGAGGAAUAAAGAAGUUACGGCUGCUCUCUAUAAAUUUUUAGAGAAAUUCAGAGAUAAAGGGUAA